AGUAAAAAAAGCACACUCAUUCCUUGUUUGAAUGUCAAUGAAUAACUAACUUUCAUGUGGUUUGAAGUCCUUGUCAUCAUAUACCACCUUAGAGAUCGCACACUACAUUUCAAGUAUAAAAAAGUGGUACAUUAGAGAUCUAUCUGACAAAAAAUAUGGAAGUUCAAGUUAUUAUGAAGGAAGAAUGUAAGAGCUCCAAUUCAAGGAGCAUACACGUCUCUUAUAUUUAUAGAGAAACUCAAGUGAUUGUGAUUGAAGAAGAAUGUAAUGACAAAAGCGGAGGAGAUGAUCAAGGGAUUAAGAUGGAAGAACAUGAAGCAGACAAAGUGAUGAUUAAGAUGGAAGAACAUGAAGCAGACAAAGUGAUGAUUAAGAUGGAAGAACAUGAAGCAGACAAAGUGGUGAUUAAGAUGGAAGAACAUGAAGCAGACCAAGUGAGGAUUAAGAUGGAAGAACAUGACAAAGCGACGAUUGGGUCUAUAGUGAUAAUGUCAAUGUUAUUAUGCGUGACUGAGCUGCUCACCCCUACGCUGAGUGAUAGGGAAGAACAUUUACCUGAAUGGUAUAAAAUUGUGUUGUUCGUUCCUGGGUCUUUAAUCACUCAAAUAUUUAUACUACUGUUUACUCUAGACCUCUCUGUUAACAAAAGCAUUUUUACAAUAAUCUUAUGCAUACUUAUCUUACCAACCGCAAUAUCAGUAAUGAAAAUCAGCUAUGUUUCCCACACAGGUGCUAUCAUUAUUUUCAUCUCAUGGGGAAUCCUAUAUGCAAUCAUCCUUAUUCGUAACCGCCAAGUGAUCUACAAUCUAUGUACAUGUCUCAAAAGAACAUAACA